AUGGAUGCAGUUAGCUGCAAUAAACCUGGUUGUUUCUUUAUCGAUGGUCCAGGUGGCACUGGGAAAACAUUCUUAUAUAGAGCUUUAUUGGCUAAAAUUAGAUCUGAAGGUCAUGUUGCUUUGGCUACAGCUACAUCAGGUAUUGCAACAUCAUUAUUGCCUGGUGGCAGAACAGCUCAUUCGCGUUUUAAAAUACCUUUGGAUGCGGUUGAAGGGUUUGUAUGUAAGGUUAGUAAACAAAGCUCUUUAGCAGUGCUGAUUAGGAUUUGUAAGUUGAUUAUAUGGGAUGAGGCUCCAAUGGCAAAGAAAUCUGCAAUUGAAUCCUUGGAUAGUCUACUUACAGAUAUAAUGGAGUGUUCAACUACUUUUGGUGGUAAAGUUGUUGUUCUUGGUGGUGAUUUCAGACAAACUCUUCCUGUUGUUAGGCUAGGAACUAACAGAAAACAUGCGAGCUCUAUUGGAUCCUUUUUUUCAAGUUUCCUUUUGGCACUUGGUAAUGGUAUAGGAACUCAUACAGACGAUGCAGUUGUUUCUCUACCAUCAUCAAUGCUCAUUCAGGGUUGUAAUGAUGUUAACGGUUUGGAAGCUCUUAUGAAAUAUGUUUAUCCUAACAUUUUUGUUACUCCUGCCACUUUCUCUCCCACUUGUAAUCGUGUUGUUCUAACAACUAAAAAUACUUUUGUAGAUGAGAUUAAUGAUACUUUGAUAUACAAAUUGCCCGGAGAAGAGAUUGAAUAUUUUAGUCUUGAUGAGACUAUUGAUCCAAAUGAUCAGGCCCAGUAUGAGGAUUUACUUCAUUCCUUAACACCAAAUGAGAUAAGCUAUGGAGAAUUUGCUGGAAAAGAGGUACCUGUUGAUCUUUGCAACUACAGGAUGCAUGGUAUUUCAUUGCUUUUCAAUGAAAAAGGCUGUAACCUACUCACAUGGUAUCGAAACCACACCCCUCUGGAACAGUAUUCAAUCAGGAAGUGACAAAACUUCACCAACAAGAUGAAAUCUAAACAUUAGAUCAGGAGAUUAGGUAGACUAUAUCAUAUAUUUAAAUAUGUAAAGCUUGUAAUGUAUGC